AUGAAGGUAGAAGAGCUUAUUAUCGACGGUUUCAAGUCGUAUGCGACCAGAACAGUUAUAUCAGAUUGGGAUCCACAAUUUAACGCUAUAACGGGGCUUAACGGAUCUGGUAAAUCCAAUAUUCUCGAUGCGAUAUGUUUCGUGCUGGGAAUAUCAUCUAUGGCAACUGUUCGGGCAUCAAACCUGCAAGAUCUGAUCUACAAGAGGGGCCAAGCAGGUGUCACGAAAGCUAGUGUUACAAUAGUUUUCGACAAUACCGACAAGAAAAACUCUCCCAUUGGAUUUGAGACGUACCCUCAGAUUUCCGUCACCCGGCAGAUUGUACUGGGAGGCACCAGCAAGUAUUUAAUCAAUGGCCAUCGUGCCCAGCAGCAAACCGUUCUUCAUUUGUUUCAGUCAGUACAGCUGAAUAUCAACAACCCGAAUUUUUUGAUCAUGCAGGGCAAGAUCACCAAAGUUCUGAACAUGAAGCCCACGGAAAUCCUUUCGCUCAUUGAAGAAGCUGCUGGCACGAAAAUGUUCGAAGAUCGCAGAGAGAAGGCAGAGAGAACCAUGACAAAGAAAGAGACAAAACUGCAGGAAAUACGAACGCUACUUGUUGAAGAGAUUGAGCCAAAACUUGAAAAACUUAGAAGUGAAAAGCGUACUUUCCUGGAGUUUCAAAAUAUUCAAUCAGAUCUCGAAAACACUUCUAAAAUCGUCAACGCCUUUGCAUAUCGCUCUUUGCUUCACAGUCGUAAAAACACGGAGGAGUUACAGAGAUCAGGCCAGACAAGAAUUGAUCAGCUUCGCGCGUCCAUCGAGAAAACGCAAACCGAAAUGAAGAGUAUUGAAGAAGACCUGAACGUAAUUAAGGCUCAAAAGAGGGAUGAAGUUAAAAAGGACGGCACUUUGAGGCAGCUCGAAUCUCGAGAAAGUCAGCUCAAUAACGAUCUAUCUCGCCUCAAGACCUCUUUGACCAUUACUGCUGAUAACCUGGACGAGGAAUUGGCGAAGUCUCAAGCACUCAAUAAUGACAUAUCCAAAUACGAGGACCUGCUCAAGACAAAGAACGCGUCUUUCGAAAGCAUUCAGGCCGAAUACAGUUCUUUGAGUGAAGUAGUUGAAAAUUCCAAGAGGUCUUUACAAUCAAAAGAAGAACUUUUGUCGACGCUAACUACUGGUAUUUCGUCGACCGGCGCAACCAGUAGUGGGUACCAAGCUCAGUUGAAUGACGUCGAGACACAGCUCAAUGAUGCAAGAAUAAAUGUCCAGAGAUAUGACAUGAAGAUUGAGCUCCUUAAAAAGGAAUUGGGCGAAAACGAGCCUAAACUGAUCAAAGCGAAGCAAUCAGGCGAGCAGGCUAAAAAGGAUUUAGAGUUAUGCCAUUCCAAGUGCUCGGAACUAAACUCCCAAUUACAGAAUCUAGGUUUCGAUCCAAAUCGAUUCAAGCAGCUAAAGGAGCAGGAGGUCAAGAUAAAAAAUCAGCUCUAUAGCAUCUCGAAUGAGAUGGAAGUCCUGAAAAGAAAGGUAGCGAACAUUGAGUUUGCAUAUAACAAACCUUCUCCGGAUUUCAAAACAGACUCCGUGAAGGGUGUCGCUGCCCAGUUAUUUUCUUUAGAUGAAAGCAAUUUCGCCAGUGCGACGGCUUUGCAAGUUUGUGCUGGCGGGAGACUUUUUAAUGUCGUUGUUGACAACGAAAGAACAGCAUCUCAAUUACUAGAAAAGGGUAGACUGCGAAAGAGAGUUACAAUCAUUCCUUUGAAUAAAAUUUCGGCAAGAACUCUUCAUCAAAAGGCCGUCAGUAUUGCUAAGGAGCUGGCGCCUGGGAAUGUGGACUUAGCUCUCAACUUGAUAGGAUAUCAAGACGAGGUAGCGAGUGCAAUGAAAUUUAUUUUCGGGACAAGCUUGAUUUGCAAAGACGCCGAAAGCGCACAAAAGGUCACAUUUCAUCCCCAAGUCAGAGCCAGAAGCAUUACAUUGCAAGGAGACAUAUAUGAUCCUGAGGGAACUUUGUCAGGCGGGAGUCGUAAUACGAACAGCUCGGUUCUCAUAGAUAUCCAGAAGUACAAUAAAUUCUCCAAAGUGGCAAUGGACCUGGAGAACGAUCUUGCAGAUCUCGGAAAACAGAUUAAGCAUUACCAUGAUAUUUCUAGCACUACAAAAAAUGUUCAGCAUGAUCUGAACCUUGCCUCUCACAAACUUCAAUUGGCUCAACGCAACUUCGACAACAACCCUGCCAUUCAAUUAAAUUCGAGGAAUGAGCAGAUCAAUACGGAAAUAUCAGAAUGUCAACAGAAGAGAGAUGAUGCCUUAUCCCAAAUUAGUCUAGCGGAGAGAGAACACUCGAGAAUCCAGAAAGAUAUGGAGGAAUUUAGUAAGGACAAAGGAUCUAAGCUAGAAGAACUGAGGAGGGAAGUAGAAACUUUGAAGACUGAAAUUGAAGGCCAUCAAGAACGUUUGGAGAAAAGCGAAGAUAUAAACCAAAUGCUUCAAGUCGAAAUUGAUCAAUUGAAAUCUGACAUUUCUACGGCUAGGUCUGGAGUAUUGGAGUCAGACGGAAAUUCUAAACAGCUGCACGUUGAACAAGGUACUUUCCAACAUGAGCUGGAAGCAGUCUCAGCAGAGCUCAAGCAAACGCAAGAAAGGGUAGUCGAUGAGAAGAAACGACUUUAUGAGAUAGAUGAGGAACUGCGCGUACUUUCGGACCUUCUCAGAACAAAAGACGGGCAAUCCAAAAGCGAGGCCAUUGAACUCAAAAAACUUCAAAACGAGAUCAGUAAGUUAGAAAGCAGCACAACUUCAGUUGAAGAAAGUAUAAAGAAUCUGGUAGAAGAAGAACAAUGGCUUAAUGAUGAGGGUUUAGUCUCCAGCAUAGUGAGCCAAAAUGACGGAAUAAACGUACAGGCUUACCGACAGCGGGCAGCACAGCUUGCUGAAAAAUUUGAUGGUAUGAAGCGUAAAGUAAAUCCGAACAUCAUGAGCAUGAUAGAAAACGUGGAAAAGAAGGAGUCUGCUCUGAAGACAAUGAUCACCACAAUCGAAAAGGAUAAAACUAAAAUUCAAGAAACGAUUACAAAGCUUAACGAGUACAAGAGAGAAACCCUCAUAAAAACAUGGGAAAAGGUCACGGUGGAUUUUGGACAUGUUUUUGGGGAGUUACUACCGAACUCGUUUGCCAAACUCGUCCCGCUGGAGGGAAAGGACGUAACUGAGGGCCUUGAGGUGAAAAUCAGGUUAGGGACCAUCUGGAAAGAAAGUCUAGUUGAACUAUCGGGAGGACAAAGAUCCCUCAUUGCCUUGUCUCUCAUACUUGCGUUACUGCAAUUCAAACCUGCCCCCAUGUACAUCUUAGAUGAGGUUGACGCCGCCCUCGAUUUAAGUCACACUCAAAACAUUGGCCAUCUCAUCAGAACGAGAUUCAAAGGGUCGCAGUUUAUUGUGGUGUCUCUGAAGGAGGGAAUGUUCAACAACGCCAAUAGAGUCUUCCGAACUCGAUUUCAAGACGGUACCUCUGUUGUCAGUGCUAUGUAG